AUGUUCCUAGGCAAGAUAAAUUCAAGUAACAAACAUGCUAUUUUAGUUGUACUGGAGAGUAUACAGUCUGGAGGGAUUGAUGGAUUAAUUAUGAAUCUAUUUCCGACUGAAAAUCGCAGUUUAUUAAGGAUAAACGUUAAAUCUUCUUUAGCUAUGUUAGACUUCCUAUUUUACAGGACUAAAGUAAUAAGUAUGCGAGGAUCAUACACUGCAAAAGAUUAUAACAAACUUGCAAUUAUAAAAUAUUUACUAAAGUCCGAAUCGUCUACAUUUAUUGUUGAUGUAUGCAAAUAUUAUUAUGCUGAAUUUAAUCAAGUUUUAGCACAACAACUACCAUCGCCGAUCACAAAAGGUAAUUGGUACAACUUACAAAAAUAUUUCCAUAUACUUUUACAAAACGGCACCAAGAUAGACGCUGUUUCGGGCUGGUUGUUAUAUGCGUCGUAUUAUUAUGUAACAGGAAAGUUCCAUAUAACAUUAAGACUUACGGAUUAUGUUCUAUCAAUAUGGUCACCUGACAUGAUGUUGGACUCUGAGUACGACUGGGAACUACACACACGUCGUUACAGACAAAAUACACAUUCUACAAUUACAUUGAAUGACAGGAUGAAAAUGUAUACUAUACGCGAUGUCAUCUACACUAUGAACUCAUCAUUAAUUCCAAAAGAACUUCAGCUGGAGGUUGAAACAGGAGCAUUUUUCAUACCACCUAUCGUAAUGUCCCACUGCCUUAAUUUCCUAUCCUAUCAUCAUCUUGGUGAUAUCGUCAACAGACAAAAGUCUUUACAUGAUUUACAUCUAACAGUGAAAAAUAGAUAUUCAAUUUCAACAAGCUGUUUAUCUGAUUCGAUAACAAUAGUUGGAAUAUGCUAUGAGAUAUCCGGUGCUAAAGACACAGCCUAUCAGUGCUAUGAAGAAGCAUUGCAAAUGGGUUGUCAUUUUUCUAGAACAGCUGACAUAAGAAAAUCAAAACUGCUUAGCAAUACAUUUGAGUUUUGA